CCCUAGAGCAGAGAUGGCGGCGACGGCGGCCGAAGAUGCGGCCUCUGGAUCUGGAGAGCCCCGGGAAGAGGCGGGAGCUCCGGGCCCCGCCUGGGAUGAGUCCCAACUGCGAAGUUACAGCUUCCCGACCCGGCCUAUCCCACGUCUGAGCCAGAGUGACCCUCGGGCGGAAGAGCUCAUCGAAAAUGAGGAGCCUGUGGUGCUGACCGACACAAACCUUGUGUAUCCCGCUCUAAAGUGGGACCUAGACUACCUGCAAGAGAAUAUAGGCAACGGGGAUUUCUCUGUGUACAGCGCCAGCACCCAUAAAUUCUUAUACUAUGAUGAAAAGAAGAUGGCUAAUUUCCAGAACUUUAAGCCAAGGUCCAACAGGGAGGAAAUUAAAUUCCAUGAGUUCGUUGAGAAACUUCAGGACAUACAGCAGCGGGGAGGAGAAGAGCGGUUGUAUCUGCAGCAAACGCUCAAUGACACUGUGGGGAGGAAGAUCGUUAUGGACUUCUUGGGUUUUAACUGGAACUGGAUUAAUAAGCAACAGGGGAAGCGUGGCUGGGGGCAGCUGACCUCUAACCUGCUGCUCAUUGGCAUGGAAGGAAAUGUGACUCCUGCUCACUAUGAUGAGCAACAGAACUUCUUUGCCCAGAUAAAAGGCCAUAAGCGAUGCAUCUUAUUUCCUCCAGAUCAGUUUGAGUGCCUCUAUCCAUACCCUGUCCACCAUCCCUGUGACAGGCAGAGCCAGGUGGACUUUGACAAUCCUGACUACGAAAGUUUCCCCAAUUUCCGAAAUGUGGUUGGUUAUGAAACAGUGGUUGGCCCCGGUGAUGUUCUUUACAUCCCAAUGUACUGGUGGCACCACAUAGAGUCAUUACUAAAUGGGGGAAUUACCAUCACUGUGAACUUCUGGUACAAGGGGGCUCCUACCCCUAAGAGAAUUGAGUACCCUCUCAAAGCUCACCAGAAAGUAGCCAUCAUGAGAAAUAUUGAGAAGAUGCUUGGAGAGGCCUUGGGGAAUCCACAAGAGGUGGGGCCUUUGUUGAACACCAUGAUUAAAGGCCGUUACAACUAACCUGCCAGAGGUCCAGGCCUCCUGCCAGGUGACUGCUCUCUCGUCCACAUGCUUCGUUGAUGAGGACAGGACACUCCAAGCACUAGUAUUGCACGCUGCACUUAAUGGACUGGACUCUUGCUGUGGCCCUGGAGGCAGGUGUUGGGGCAAGGCAGGGUAGUUGAUUCCACUCCCAUUUGGAAAGAUUUCUCACCCUUGCCUUUUGAGCACCAGAACCUUCCCUCUUUGCUCCCCUAAAAUCCUGCAUUCAGUGUGUGGAGUCCCAGCUUCUGGUUGUCAUCAUGUCUGUGUUAGUCUGUCAACCUCAGGGUGUGUGUGUGUGUGUGUGUACAUGUGUGCAUAUGCAUAUGUACAUACACACAUGCAUGUAUCUGUUCCUUGUUCCCUCUUCCUGGGUCAGGAUAUCACUUCUGGCUCUCAGCUGUUGUCUCCUGAAGCCUCAGUGCCUCAGCCUGAGAGAGGAGAUGCUCCUGUAUCCCUGUGACAUCUGGGUUGUGGUGCCAGAGUGGAUGUGCUCAUCAGUCUGCCUUCUGCCAGUUUUUGCAGCAUAGUCAGGCUAUAGGCCGAUAGCAAUAGCUGCUGGGUCCCUAAUGUGGACAUUGAGAAGGAGGCUUGUCUUUGGGAGCCUAGAUAGCCUUCUAGUAGAAGAAGAUUAGAUAGGGUUCUGGUUGAGAACUACAAACUCAAGCCAUACAUUGAAGGAAACCUUGGGAACCAAGGAAUAGAGGAUUGUGCGUAUGUUCCAAAUUACAGACACAUGCAGCUAUUCUAUCAGUACCAGCUCUUGCCCCUGCGCUAGGUAUUGAGGGAGUUCUCCUAGCUCUGACUUCUUUGGGCUCCAGGGGUAUAAACCUCUGCAUGUGUGUGUACACACUUGCCAUCUUCUUGCUUACCAAGGUUCUCUACUGCUUACCUUGUCCAAUGUGACAGUACAGUGUGAACCCCAGAUACUGCCUGAUUUAGCCUAUAGCUUUCAAACUCGGAUUUUAGCCAUCCUAUCUUGAUCAGAUCUCACUGCAGCCUACCUAAAGCUGACACCUUGAGCCUCUGGGUCCCAUGUCUUUCCCUGUCCAGGCCACAUCCCCUGCUUCUGCUGAGCUUCCUGGCUGAGUAGAUGAAAUGGGAUCAGACUUAGGCAGCUAACUCAAUACCUUUCAUCCACCUCAGGGCAAGGACAAACGUGUCCUCUUGCCUCUUCGAGCCAGCGCCUCUGCCAGACCCAACAUACGUCACAUAACUAGAGUAGGACAACUGGUAGCGAGUGGAGAUAGAAUUUACUUUUCUGUUGGUAGCUAUGUGUGGGACCUCCUGAGGGCAGCAGCUCAUGGCUGGGCAGCUCAGUGUUACACACCUCAGAGUGCCAUCAUUCACAUCUGCUUGGAGGGAAGGGGCCCCUGUAGUUUGGCAGAGUGGUGACCCUGUGUCCACUUACCUCAAGUCCUUGCUCCAUCAUCUUUUUCUCUAAAAUCUGAGUUGGAAAUAUAAUUUUAUUUCCUUCUCUUCCACUUUUUUAAUUCCACCCUCUUAAGUUUGACCUCUAGUUCUGAGCUGUGGCUCUUUGCCCCGAAGCUCAGCUUACAGUACCCCGUGGACUGAGAAGAUGCAUGCCGAUGCUUGCGUGCACCUGUGUACAUGUUUUGGGGAGGGGUCUUUAGUACCCCGUUCUGGGGUUUUGAUGCAAUGUGGGUAUGCAGAACUGGUACCUUCGCAGGUAUAGCUCUUCAAAUACAGCCAGCGCUGGGUGGUGUGGCUGCAGUAAACUGCAUGGCCUCCAUCUCCUUUGGGAAAGAGGAGUACAGCAAGAGAGCAGGGCAAAGCAGGAUUAGAUUGGCCAUCGUGGCAGAUUGUCUUCAUUCUCAGUAGAAUGUCCUGCCACUGCCCUCAAAGGUGUUGGGAUGUGUAGGAGGGAAUCUGGGUCUUCUUGGUUUAUCCUUCAGAAUACUGUGCCUCAUACAGGUCUGACCUAGGGUGACUGGGGGCAAGGAGAGAGAAGGUAAACUUUGGGACCGUCACAGGAUUGGUCUUGAUGCUGGUAUGAUGUAAUAGCCACUCCUGGUCUUAGACACUUGAUGUGUGCUGUUGCCUUUAGCUCUGUCCCUCCCAGUCCUGCAUGGAAGCUUCUCACUUCACACAGCUCAAAGAGUAGAUGAAGGGUGGCAGUCAAGAUCAAACCUAGUCUGUUUGGCUAUAAGCCUAUCCCCUCUUCCUGCUCCUCCUCCGUUUCUUCCAAACUCUCAGUUCUCUGCCUGCCCUCAGGUCUUGUUUCCUAGGCAGUGUGCAGGCAGACUCAGGCAAGAGGGUGUGGGGGCUCUAGCUAGAGACAUCCAGAAACUGCCUGGAAGCAACUGUAGAGGAGUGAGUUCUAGCUCUGCUGGAGAUAGGGUACUGUGUACCCUUCAGUGGAGGUCCCAUAGCUCCUGUCAGCAUGCCUCUGCUUCAGAGCUGAAGGAGUUCUAGACCACUGGGGUCCUCUUCUGCUGGGUCACCUCCUUCUGGGGAGGAGAUGCACGUCCUUCCCUCAUCUAGGUUGGGGCUGCUCAGGUUGAGAUUCUACUUGGAACGCAGGAAGCAUUGCUGCUACAGAGUUUACCGUUCUAACCAGCAGCGUGGGAGUCAGAUGUGCCAAGGAAGGUGGAGACUUGGGCUUGUCUAGGGGUCAGCCACGCUGCAGACUCUGUUUUCGUACCAGCAGUACAGUGAAAACUACUGUUUUGUGAAGUCAAAUAUUUGCUGGGGGGUUGGAGUUGUGGGGUGGAGGAGGGGCUGUCCUGGGCAUCAGUGGAGCAGAUGCCCAGGAUGCCUGGGGGAGACCAGCUUCCCUACAAAUCAGAGCUCUAAAUUACAAGGUUUUUACCAACGCGAACAGUUGGGGGAAGUCGUCUGCUCUCAUUUGCGUAAUGGUUUCUGUCACUGGUGAUUAGACACAGGAUGAAGGAAAAGAAAUUUGACAAUUAGGAAUGAGCCAUCAUUAAUCUGAAUCUGUUAGGAGACGGAGAGGGAAGGAGCCUUACUAGUGGGCCGACCCCGUAUGAGGAGACACUCCCUGUCUCUGACCCUCAGAGUCUUCUGAGCCAGUACCUUUGGAGUUCCCACAAGUGUGGGUGGAGCAUGCGUGCCUUCACAGACUAAGAGUCCAACCCAGCUUGAGGUGGCUUUAGAAACAGAUUUUCCUGCACGAACCAACAAAGUUGAAGAUAGAUGAGUGAGUACUAAAUACAAGCCCUAGGGCGAAGAAUAACAAUGCGGGAGUUUGGUGUGUGCUUACUGUUAUGGGCAAUGUUUCUCUAAUAGCCAACACUGUUGGUCUCCCAGCUGUGACAAGUGUUUGUCACAUUCCGGCACUUCAGGUUGGGCAGGAAACCUGAUCUUUACCAAACCCCAGGAACGACUGGAAAUUGCAGAGGAAACUCCCAGAAAGUAGCAGAGCUCAGAUCCGUGCAAGGUGGGCGCUGUUGUGAGGAAGAGGAUGCGCAGCACUGGGCUCCCUGAGGAAGACACUCACCCUUCAAGCCUCUCUGGAUCAGUGCAGUGGUGGCUAUGUGGACAUCGAGGUUCUGGCUCAGACUAGUGACAGUGACCCAGCUAACUGUUAAUAAGGUGUGGAAAAUACACCUUAGAUCUUCCAGUGUCCUUGAUUUUACCUCAACAUUCUGUCCCUUCAAAUGCCUAAGACAAUAUCAAUCUGCACCAAGAAGUAAAUCCCUGUCAUUCGAGUAUCUCUUAGGUCCCAGGCCCCCUCAAGGGUUGGGAUGGGUUUCUGUCUGCUUCCAUGAUGUGAACUUCUCAAGGAUGGUGCUAUCUCACUCCUUGCUAAGUUCCCUACCUCUGUUGUCUUUCAUCCUUCAAAACUUGGUGCAGAAUUUAGCAAGGGCUACCAGCAGUGACUCUCUGACCAGUUUUGCCUAGAUGGGGUAGGUGUGGAUAGAAGUAGCUCAGAGGUUCUAGAGUCCCAGGCCUUUCCAGUUUCCCCACAAUUGCUCUUGGUGUCCUCUUAAUGUACCUCUGGUGGGUCUUUGAGCUUGCUCCUUCCCAGGCUUUUAGUGGCCUCUUUACCAAGGCUCUUUUCCUUGAAGAAGCUCUCUGGUUACAAGUGCUGGACAGCUUAGCUUAGGGUCCCUCUCCACAGGGUUCUCCCUGUUCCCUCUUAGUUUCUGACCUCAGGUAGCUCUGUUGACAUGUUCCUGGUUAGUCUGUGUUCUGUCUGCUCUGUCCUCUUGCCAUUACCUCUUUACAUGCUGGUCAGCUUGUCUCAGGCUGGUGGGCCUUUCUGCUUGUCCUCAGUCAACUCUGUGUAAUUAAAGAUCCAGGGGGUCCUGAUUGGAGCCCAGCUGAGCACUUUGGGGACAUUUCUGGAGGAGCAAAGGCUCAGAAACUGGUGUCCGCAAUGCCCAUAGCCUGUGAGUAGUGACACCUUGGAGACAAUUGGGGAGGGACCUAGAGAGGCAAAGAACUUGGUGAGGAGAGACUGCUAGAAAGAGGCCAGGCUUGGGAGCCAGGCUGGAAGAGUGAACUUGGUGUUUCCAUCUGAAUGUGUUCUUGUGCCUUAGGGUCCAGCAGUUCAGGGAUGAGGGACAUUUUCUGAAUGUUUCCUAAUUUCUCUCAGGUCUUUGGUUCAGUGUCACCAAGUUUGACAGACCCCUGUGUGCCAGAGGUUGCUAGAAGGAAGCAGCAUAGUAGGCUGGUGUCAGGAGCGGAGGCCUCCCGUGAGGAGGACUGGAAUGGUAUGGGAACAAGAGAAAGGGACCCAGUGGUCAGCUUCUCAUGGGAUGGCACUCUAUUCCUCCAAAAGAAUAAGUACAAGGACUGAUUCAAGAAGUCAGUUAAAACUGCCCUCCCUCCUCCGUAGAGCCUUGUUUGGGGAAGGAAUGUGUGUCCUUUAACUUUCAAGGGGAAACAUUCUAGUGUUUAAAAGCAUGCGUUUUGGGCUCUGAUACCUUCAGUACACAUUUCUAGCUUGCUACUUACCAGCUGGGUUUGACUUUGGUUGAUUCCUUUAACCUCUCUGAGUCUCAGUUUCCUUUAUUAUAAUAAUAUGUGGGGGUGGGGGUUUGAAAAUAUCUACCUCAGGGUUGCUGGAUUAACUGAAAUGAUGUCUGUAAAGCUUUAGCACGGUGCUGGCGAGCACUAAAUAAACGGCUGUGGUGGUUCAUAGUAUGCGACUUACUGCUUCAGUGGUGUGUGACAGGUUUCUAGUGACUCGUCUUCCCGGUACCUAGCUCUGCUUCCUCUUCAGCCUGGUUGGCCAGACUCCUGCUCGUAGCAGCCUGGGCCUGGGGAGGUGCUGUCAUCUCUGAGCAUCUCACCAUGGCUCCUCGUUCCACCUGGAGAAUCGUCCCUCGCAUAACUGAGGCACUGGCACCCACCCCUGCUCAUAUCAGUCCCUCCCCCUUGUUGGUCACAUCUGGCUGUCAUAAGAACCUGACACCACUCUCAUCUAAACUCAGUAAGAAUGUAUCGCAGCUAAGGCCCUUUUGGUUUACUUUUAUGCCAUUUAGUGUGUUUAAAUUACAAGUGUGUUAAGUGGCAAAAGGAAUUAAAAUGGAGAAAAAUGGGUUCUAUUUGUUAAGUGCUCUUGUCCCAGGCACUGUGCUAGUUUCUUGGACUGAGUGCUCUCAGUUCAGUAGGGGAGUUAGGGAUGUACAAGGACAAGCUCCUCACUCCACUUGGAUACUCACAGUAGGGUAGGCCUUCUGCAGGAAGUGAUCCAGCCUGAGCUGAUGACUGGAAGAGAGUAGCUACCCAGGGCUUGCAGGAAAAGUAGACGGCAUGUUUCUGUCUGGGUUUCUCUUGCAUAAUCCAGAGGGUUUGCCUUGAAUCCUUCCAGAGAAAGGCUGGGUGUUGGAACACAAAAGAACAAAACCCUUUGGUUAGCUUUGGGAAUCUGAAAAUAUGUUUGGUUGCUGGGCCCACAUUUGUUGUGAAGGGCAGAUAGAUAUCGAGGGCUCCACUGUCCUCACAGUCCAGCCUCUGAAGCAGACCUUGUGGAGAAGGUGUUGAACCAGGCUACUCAAACUUCAGCCUGAGAUACACUUGACUGGGUGGGAUUCUCUGCAUCAUCCCCCAGCUUCUACCCCCGCUUUAUCUCAUGGUGCCAAACUUCGGCAGUUCCCCUUCCCAAGGCUCUGGCACUGGCCCCAUAGGGGAAGAUGCUUGAUGCCAAGCCAUCCCUCUGGGCUGCAGGGCAUUUAGAGUCACCUUGCAGUCACCACUUUCUAUGUAACUCUGGCCCUGGGCCUUGGCUCUCUAUUGCACCAGCCAAAUUUUAUUGGCUUAUUCUGUUUGCUUAAGCCCUAUUCGCUUGAUCAUUAAGGUCAAUCCUGUCUUUGGGGAAGCUCUGUACAUUAACCCAAAAUCAGUGUGUGUGGGGGGCAGGGGGGGCUAGGUUUUUAUCCAUUUGAGUAUAUAGUGUGUAGGGCAGCGGAGGUGAGAGUGAAGAGUACAUACUGGGUCUGCCGUUCUGCCAGACUUUGGAUGAACUGCCUAUACGUGACCUCUCCGUAACUGCUCUACCCUGAUUCUCCAGGUACAAUUCUCAAAGAACUCACAGAAGAGGGGAAGAAGCGAAAUGGAAAAGAUAAGGGGUGGAGGGGACCGAAAUCCAAAAGACAGGGCCUUUUGGGGUCAUAGAUGGUUCUGCUAGGACAAGACCUUAAGGAGUAGGAAUGAAGGCCUAGCCUGUGUUGCCAGGCAGCCCCCGAACAAAGGAAGAGGGGCAAGAGGGUCAGUGUGUGUGAGUGGGAAGAACUUAAGUUUCAGGGACAGACUAAAGCACAGAGUGGGUGACUCCAGUCUUGCUGUGCCUUAGUCCCUCAUCUGUACAGUCAUGAACACGACCACGGCCUUUGCUGGUGAAAGCGUUAGAGAACACGAACACUGCAAACACUUGAUCCUGAGCUCUUCCUGAGAACUUUGAUAGAGAGGUGGGCCACAUUUCCAUCAAAAUACUGUCUUUCUGCCACGUUUGACGGGCUGGACUUGUCUUUAAGAACUAAAAGCAGUGUGUACAAGAGAGCCUUUUGGAGUUGUGUAGACUAGGUUUGAAUCUUGGUUUUACCUUUGCCUUUCAUUGUCUGUCAAGUUACUAUCUCUGUGUUUGAUUCCUUUAACAGGUGCCAGCAUGUGGCUACCAGGAGUGAAUGAGACAAGUGAGAUUUUUGACUCAGUGUUCACCAAACAUUAGUUUCCUUCCCUCCUCUGGAGACGGCUUGUUUGUCCUGCAGGAGAGGGAAGGCUUGGUUGUCUCUGUCUUAGCAUGAACAAUGCCAAAAUUGUCUCUCUCUUCUGGGGAACUCUAUGGUCCCAAGGGAAUAGAGCCAUGGGGAGCUGGGGUGGAACUCCAUGGUAUUGAACAUGGGGUUCUUUGAUCAAGUCCUCGUGGGGAUAGGGUGCAUAUAGUAGACCUAGCGGUGAAGUCUUAGGAAAGAGGGUACCACUGAGUGCUGUAGGGGAAAGUCAGGUAAAUCUGGAACACAGCGAAGAGUGAGGAGUGAGAACUGUCAGCAGAACCCUAGGAAUUUGGGACCACAGGUCACAGUCGAGGGAGAUCCUACAGCCAGCUGGCUUCAUUGAAGAGUUCUUGGAGUGUCUCCACUAAGAGAAGAACUAGAAAGCAGAUGUUAUCAAAGUGGAAAGAGGUUUUAAUUUUUCUAGAGCCAAGAAAAUGUACCACCCAGUCAAGUUGGGCACCGAAUCAUCUAAGCUGGGUUCUAGACUUAAGCGAUCAGGUACAACUAGGUGCAGAAAAAUCAACCCAGCAUGUAGACUGACUGACACUUUGAUUUGUGGCAGGAACUCUGUGACUGCUUUACACACCCAUAAAUAGGAGUUUCUGGGCUCCUUCAGAAUCCUGUUGGUGCCUAACCAAAGUUUCUGGCUAUUUUGUAAUCUCAGGCAUCUCACACAGUAGCCCCAAGUUCAUGGGGCGACUUCAUUGCUUCCUUGCUAGGUAAGCAUCUUGUGACGGAGGCCUUAGAAUAAAGGUGUAUCAGAGCCAUAUCACUACUGUUUGCUUCUAAUAAUCUGUAGGUCUGGAGAUCUUUUUUGUUUUGACUUGUGUUUUUCUUUGAAAUUGUCUUACAAUGUAACUCUGGCUGACUUUGAACUCACUGUCCGCUCUACUGCCUCAGCCUUUAAGUCCUGGAUGAAAGGCGUGCAUUGUCACACGCUCUCUCAAUUUGUGUUUUAAGUCCUUGACGUAUGGAAGAGAGUUUGUUAAGAUAAGUAGGU